AUGUCCAGAUCAAACAGCGUCAGCCCGCCCGGACUCGGUGCGCCCGGGCUGAGGGGAGGGACAGAGCACAGAUCAGCCUGGGGAGAGGCUGACUCUGUGGCCAACGGGUGCCCAUACUCAGCCAGAUCUCCGCGCAAGAAGCUCACCCGCACCAACAGCCGCUGGAGGCAGCAGCAGCAGGGGGAGGAGGAGGCGGAGGAUGUCGAUCCGGAGCGCCGGCCUCCUCCAGGGCGAGCCUCCACGACCGUCAGCAGCAGGGUCAGCUUCAGGUCCCGCUCGGCCUGGCAGGACCAUGGCGAGGAGGAGAGCCGCGGCGACAGCAACCCCGCGUCCGCGAAGCGCGCCGACCUGGCCGAGGUGAGACCCAAGUCCGUGGAGCUGGGUCUGGAGGAGCGCCGAGCCAAAUCGCGGAGCGACAACUACAAGGGGGAGCGGGAGGAAGACGGGGUCAUGCCGGAGGUGAACGUUUCCCUGGUGGCGUGCUGCGUCAGCGUCAUGCGCGUCUUCAAGUCCAAGAAGUUCCAGUCGGAGAAGCUGGAGCGGCUCUACCAGCGCUACUUCUUCCGCCUCAACCAGAGCAGCCUGACGAUGCUGAUGGGGGUGCUGGUGCUGGUCUUCACCGUCAUGCUGGCCUUCCACUGCUCCGGAGCUCCGACGGUCACCUACGUGGUGGUGUUCUCCCUGGCCAUCUUCCUCACGCUGGUGCUCAUGGUGGUGUGCAACCGGAACGCGUUCCACCAGGACCACAUGUGGGUGGUGUGCUACGCCGUGAUCCUGCUGGUGAUCGUGAUCCAGGUGAUCGGCGUGCUGCUGGUGCAGCCCCGGAGCGCCUCGGAGGGGAUCUGGUGGACCGUGUUCUUCAUCCAUGUCAUCUACACGCUGCUGCCCGUCAGGAUGCGCGCCGCUGUCGUCACUGGAGUUAUUCUCUCCGCCAUCCACGUGGCCAUUUCUUGGAUGCUAAACGGAGUGGACAGCUUUCUGUGGAAACAGAUAGUCUCCAACAUCCUGGUCUUCUCCUGCUCAAACAUUGUAGGAGUGUGUACGCACUACCCGGCUGAGGGCUCCCAGAGGCAGGCCUUCCAGGAGACCAGGGAGUGCAUCCAGGCUCGCCUCCACUCCCAGAGGGAAAACCAGCAGCAGGAGCGCCUCUUACUCUCAGUACUUCCUCGUCAUGUUGCCAUGGAGAUGAAAGCUGACAUAAAUGCCAAGCAGGAGGACAUGAUGUUUCACAAGAUCUACAUCCAAAAGCACGACAACGUCAGCAUCCUGUUUGCUGACAUCGAGGGCUUCACCAGUCUGGCGUCACAGUGCACGGCACAGGAGUUGGUGAUGACGCUCAAUGAGCUUUUCGCCCGCUUUGACAAGUUGGCAGCGGAGAACCACUGUCUGCGGAUCAAGAUCCUGGGCGACUGCUACUACUGCGUGUCUGGGCUGCCAGAGGCCAGAGCCGAUCACGCCCACUGCUGUGUGGAGAUGGGGCUGGACAUGAUCGAGGCCAUCUCGCUGGUGCGGGAGGUGACCGGGGUGAACGUGAACAUGCGAGUCGGCAUCCACAGCGGCCGGGUGCACUGCGGGGUGCUGGGACUCAGGAAGUGGCAGUUCGACGUCUGGUCCAACGACGUCACGCUCGCAAAUCAGAUGGAAGCGGGAGGCCAGGCCGGGCGCAUACACAUCACGAAGGCCACCCUGAACUACCUGAACGGGGACUACGACGUGGAACCGGGAGCAGGAGGAGAGAGAAACGCCUACUUGAAGAGGAGCAACAUAGAAACCUACCUCAUUGUGGGCUGCAGUCAGAAAAGGAAAGAAGAAAAGGCGAUGAUUGCCAAAAUGAGUCGACAGAGGACCAACUCAGUCACCCACAACAGCAGCCACUGGGCUGACCGUGCCUUCCACAACCACAUCUCCAAGGAGAUGAAGAGGAUGGGCUUCGAGGAUCCCAAAGACAAGCAUUUUAUUUUCAGGAACACGCAGGAAAACCUGAACCCGGAGGACGAGGUGGACGAGUUCCUGGGCAGGGCCAUCGACGCGCGCAGCAUCGACCGCCUGCGCUCCGAACACGUCAAAAAGUUCCUGCUCACCUUCAGAGAACCCGACCUGGAAAAAAAGUACUCCAGACAGGUGGACACCAGGUUCGGUGCGUACGUGGCCUGCGCCACCCUCGUCUUUUUCUUCAUCUGCUUCAUCCAGAUCGUCAUUGUGCCGACCUCCAGUCUGAUGAUCGGCUUCUUCAUCACGUGCUUCAUCAUCCUGACGGGCGUCAUGUUCAUCUCAGCUGUGUACUGCUGCUUUGGAAUCUUCCCCGCUCCUCUGCAGACUCUUUCCAAACGUAUCGUCCAGUCCCGACUCAACAGCACCUUAGUGGGUGUCUUCACCAUCAUCAUCGUCUUCCUGUCUGCUUUCAUUAACAUUUUCACCUGCAGCAGUCACGACCUGCGCAGCUGCAUCAAGUCGGAGCUCAACAUCAGCCGGGACCUGGUGGACGCCUGCCACGCUGUCCUCCUCAACUACAACCUGGACACACAGCACGGCUCCUGCGGAGACGACGCUCUCAUCUGCAGCUUCCCUGAGUACUUCACCUGCUGUGUGCUGCUCAGCCUGCUGGCCUGCUCCGUCUUCCUGCAGGUCAACAGCAUCGGGAAACUCUUCCUCAUGCUCUUCAUCGAGCUGCUGUACCUGCUCAUCAUGGAGGUACCUAAAGUGAACCUCUUUGACAACCAGGACCUGCUGGUUAUGGCAAACGCCCUGAAUUACACCAAACCAGAUAACGGCACAAGGUGUUUGGUGGACAACAAGGUUCCUCUGAAGAUCAUGACCCCCGUGGUGAUCACUGUCUUCGUCCUCGCCCUUUACCUUCACGCCCAGCAGGUGGAGUCGACGGCCAGGCUGGACUUCCUCUGGAAGCUGCAGGCCACAGAGGAGAAGGAGGAGAUGGAGGAGCUGCAGGCCUACAACCGCCGCCUGCUCCACAACAUCCUGCCCAAAGACGUGGCCGCUCACUUCCUGCAGCGCGAGCGGCGCAACGACGAGCUCUACUACCAGUCCUGCGAGUGCGUCGCAGUCAUGUUCGCCUCCAUCAGCAACUUCUCCGAGUUCUACGUGGAGCUGGAGGCCAACAACGAAGGGGUGGAAUGUCUGCGGCUGCUCAAUGAGAUCAUCGCCGACUUUGAUGAGAUCAUCAGCGAGGAUCAGUUCCGUCAGCUGGAGAAGAUCAAGACCAUCGGCUCCACGUACAUGGCGGCUUCCGGUCUCAACGAUUCCACGUACGACAAGGCCGGGCGCUCGCACAUCCGCGCCAUGGCCGACUACGCCAUGCGGAUGAUGGACCAGAUGAAAUACAUCAACGAACACUCCUUCAACAACUUCAAAAUGAAAAUAGGUCUAAACAUUGGCCCAGUGGUUGCUGGGGUGAUAGGGGCCAAGAAGCCCCAGUACGACAUUUGGGGGAACACAGUAAACGUAGCGAGCCGCAUGGACAGCACAGGGGUCCCGGAGAGGAUCCAGGUGACGGCGGAUCUGUACCAGCUGCUGAACUCCUACAACUACACACUGGAAUACCGAGGCGUCGUCACCGUCAAAGGCAAAGGAGAGAUGAUGACCUACUUUCUCAUGGCUGGACCCCCCGGCAGUUAACCUUCACUAAGUGACAAUCAGACACAUGGGAGGUUGUGCACCUUCUCUCGUAACGAGCUGGCAUAUAGACAGACCCCUGACAGCUUAAGGCAGAUUGAGGGUUUUUCCCUCACAGCAGCGGACGCUCCUUGAACCUGUUGGCACGUCGAAUGGACGGAAGGAUUCGUCCUUUUUUUUUUUUUUCUUUUUCAGGAGGAGCUCAUGGACGGCCGAGGGGACGUCUGCUCGAGUGAAAUUUUGACCAAAGAUGUCCAAUCGGAGCGCAAAGAGAUUCGUCCAGCUCGGCCCUGACAGAAAAUAAAAAGAAAAGGAUCCUGGAAGAAACUUGCCCAGUCGGGUUCUCCGAUGGGGUUCUUGGACAAAACCUGCAGGGCGACCCGAGCUACAUCGCCUCCUCUCCUGCUCUCUGCCUUCUUUUUUUCCCCUGCUGAUUCUGAACACUAUGUACAUAUAAAACCCAAAAGGUUUUAUGUGUAUGUGGAUGACUUUAUGUACUGUUUGUAUGAUAUUUUGUUCCCUUACCAGAGAUCUGCAUCUGUGGAACAGAUGCAGAUCUCUCAAGUACGGACACAAAGCCAGCAGCACUGCAGUCCUCGCUUGUUAGUGCGUCCAUCUCUCUGUCAAUCAGCACCAGACGACCUGCGUGCUUCACAAAAGUAUUCACACCCCUUGAACUUCCUCACGUUUUGUCCCUUUGGAAAAGACAAAAGUUUAUUUCUAAGAGGAUUUAUGUAAUAAACCAAUACAGAGACGGGGAUAUAUGUGAAAUUUAAGUAAAAGGAUAGAUUUAAGGAAAACGUUUUUGCAAAUAUCUGAAGAGUGUGGAGUGCCCACGUCAAUAUUUUGUACAACCGUCAGCUACAAAGACUUUUGAUGAAUUUCUCGACCAACGUAUAAACUCUAAAAUGUUUGACCUUUUCCUUUUUUCCAAAAUGACCCAAGCUCAUUUAGAUUUGAAUUAAGUUUUUCUGUAAUUGCUUUUAUCAUCAGAUUCUUUAUUCGUUUUAGCAUUAGCUUUGGGAUGCUACAUUUGUUGGAAGUAAACUUCAAGCCUUUUGAUGCUUCUAAAAGGCUUUCCUUCUUUCAACCCCAUUUCUGCUGGAGAAAAAACAUCCCCACAGUAUGACGCUGCCACCGCCGUGUUUCUUGAUGGGUGAGUGUGCCCAACGUAAUAUUGAUAGCUUAACUGCUACACAUGGUGUUUUGCAUGUCGUUUAAUAUGUGACAACAGCAUCUUCUUCCACGUUUGUCCCUCAUGGGCCUCCAUACCGCUUGUUCUCUUGCCACUCUUUAUUCACCAGCAGAGGAACCUCUGGAGGCAAUUGAGCAUUUUUUUUCUCUUUUAGAAUAGAAACAAUUUAGCAAUUUCUAUUUGCGCUCCCAGUAAAUUCCCAUUGACGUCUGAUGUUGUAAAGUGACAAAACGUGAAAAGCCAGACGGGUAUGAAUACUUUUUAUUUUUGGUACUGUAUGAGUUUCUGCACACUGUCUCAUACUCCUAUAGUAUAUAGAUUAUGUUUAAUUGAAAAGUCCAACAGUGUUUAUAUGAAGCUUCCCGUUAGCCUCAAUCAUAGAAUACAUAGGCAACCCUGCAACAUGAGGAUGAGUAAAAAAAAAGCUUUUCUACUACUAAAGAAGUUUUGUAUUUUGACUUCAAAACUCCAACCCUACAAGAUAUUUUAAGAUUAUAUAUUUUCUACAUUCAUAUAAUACAGAGCUAUGUAUAAACUACAGCGCGUCUCCACAUGUGCACACAGCAGAAACCCUCACUGGUGUUGCCCGAUUCCCUCUCCCCUCCUGCUCUUUUGAACAAAUCGAGCAUACUUUUUUUUUUUUUUUUUAAAUCUGCAGGAAGUCGACUGCUGCUCCCCUUUAAUGUGUCUCAAUGUCACGGCAGAGAGGAAAACGCGGUCGGAACGACUCGCUAGAUGGACCGAAAGGCAUCAGCCGCGGUGCUCAGACGCCAUUUUGCACUCCGGUGCUUUCAGCCGUCCACCCCUCCGCCUCGCUCACCGCUCCACCUGCAGGCCCUAAUUGUUUGCUCGGUUAGGUGGUACGACACAAUGAAUGUCCAAUGUUCUCCAAUGAGGCCUUUAAUGCGGACUCUAGAGCGACUACCAUGAUGAUGCUCAGCCUGUUGACAGGGACGGAUUGAGCAUGUGUGGGAAAAUGUGCACUUUUUAAAUCUGCUGUUUAUGUUUUUCUCUCAUCGAAGCAUCAAAGUUUUUCUUUCAGUAUUGCAUCAUUGCUUUCUCUCACAUACAUAACUUUCACCCGUUGCUUGGAUGAGUCGGACUAUAGUAAUGUAAAAUUCUUCCGGACGAUGUCAAACUUUCACUUGAGAAUAUGAAAAUGGUACUUGGAUAUGAAAAUCUUCAUCCUUUGAGGCUUUUCCUGUCAGUAGAGGUCAUGAAUGCCCCAAAUUUGCUAAUAUUUGUGAAUAAAUACAACAAAAGGGGGGAAAUUGAAUAAAAAGAAGAAAAAAAAUCUGUCAUUUGUUAGCUGGAAUCUAUUGUCAACAAACCGACCCAGAGCUGCAGCAGGGCCCGCUUCGGCCAGACUAGAUCUUUUCCCUCACAAAAGCUGCGAUACCAAACUUUUAUUACUAGUUCAGGAAUCAACAUGUUCUGUUCUCAGUGCAUGUAAGCGAAUGGUGAAAACUACACAGUUCAUUUAAUCACGCAAAUAAUGACCAGCUUCUGAAUUCUCCCUAUUGGACUUUCUGUCAACUUCAGCCUACUGGCCCAACUAAUCUGGAUUCAUAGUAAACAAAGACGCCAUGACAGUAAAAUAUUAACAAUGGAUAAUAACAAAUCCACAACACUUCCUUUACAGUUCCCAUUUUAAAAUUAAACAGGCUUGACCGUUUUUCACUUUAAACAUUAACAGCUUGUACAAACAUGCAUAAAUUGUACACUGGCAAUGUUUG